AUGGGAUGGUAUUUCCUCCAUUCUCUGCUAAAUGGGGUCAACAAGUAUUCCACAUCGUUGGGGAAAGUGUGGCUCUCGGUCAUUUUCAUCUUCCGUGUCCUGGUCUUGGUGGUAGCCGCUGAGACUGUGUGGGGAGAUGAGCAGAGUGACUUUGUCUGCAACACACAGCAGCCUGGUUGCAGGAACGUGUGCUACGACCGUUUCUUCCCCAUCUCCCACAUCAGGCUGUGGGUUUUCCAGCUCCUCCUUGUGUCCGUCCCAUCGUUUCUCAUUGGGAUGCAUGUUUCUCAAAGGAAAAAGAGCAAGAAGAACAUCAAAAUCUUUAAUCAGAAUGCCGAUCGGCGGAAGAUGAAAAUUGAUGCUCCUCUUCUUCGGACUUACGUGGUCAGCCUUGUCUUCAAAAUGUUAUUUGAAGCCAGCUUUAUGUAUUUAUUCUACUGGAUCUAUGAAGGAUACCAGAUGGUCAGGCUUGUGAAGUGCAGCGAAUAUCCCUGCCCCAAUACCGUUGAUUGCUUUAUUUCCAGGCCAACUGAGAAAACUAUUUUUACCGUGUUUAUGUUGGUGAUUUCAGCGUUGUGCAUCUUGUUGAAUGUGGCAGAACUCUGCUAUCUGAUUGUAAGAUAUUGCAUUAUUCACUUUAGAACAUUUUGUUUGCCUGUAACAGAGAACAAUAUAAAGGCCUAGAGGUCGAAGAACAGCCAUUCCUUCCUGAGGCAACAACUGUUGGUGAUUCACUAAGGUAGAACUACCAUUUUUCCAUAAAAUUGAGAAUUAUCUUCAAUAAAGUAGUUACAUGAAGCAUCCAACUUAUUCCUCAAGUUAAGAUCCAAAGUCAGGACUUCUAUUGCACAUUAUUUAAGCACAAUGUCUUCUCCCUGGGGACAAAAUGGUGUCUACACUGCGCAGUCCUCUUCUAAAUCCCAGAUAUCCCAAAGUUGAGUCAAACAACAGCCUGACAUUGCUGCACUUGGA